AGUUGAAAACCUUCUUCUCCUCCUGGCCACAGAGCAUUGACUACUACUCAUCAUCAUCAGUAGUGGUUGGACGAUUCGACUAUUCGCUUCAACAGAUAUACCUCUUAAUAUCAUAUCUUAUAAUCACUGGCAAAGCAACAAAAAAAAAGAAAGAUUUUGAUCUUGCUGCCUGAACUCCGAUCGCCGGAUGAAAUUGCCGGUGGCCGGGAACUUCAGCUGCAGGACUCAAUCCACCUGCUGAUUUACAACAAAAAUCCUUAAUUGACGGCCAUGGAUCCUCCGGCGGCAGCCGAGAAGGAGAAGGAUAGUCAGAGCAACGCGUGGCUGGGUCGCGGUGCUGGCCUUUUCUUGUCUCUCAUCGUUCUCUUGUUGCUUACGCUUUUGAUAGGGUUUGUAGCGGUUUUCAUCGAUCACUCAUGGAUUUCCAAUCCGAUCUCGGUGCUCUCCAGGUGCAAGAUAGUCUCUAGCAGUGUGGAUCUUAGGUCAUCUAAGGUCUGUGAACUUGGCCUGUUGAAUUAUAAGGCAAAGCAUGUUUUCUAUCCCUUUGAGAAAAGGAAAUUUCGAUGUCAUCAUGAUUACUAUUGGGCUUCUGUAUUCAAGAAACUCCGGUGGUGGGAGCAUCAUAAAAGUACUGGAAUAAUGUAUUUCCAUCAUCCAGAGACUCCAUCAGCUUUUAGCUUUGGGACAAAUUGUCCCGCUCAACCAACACAAAUGGAGAAGGUUGAAUACAAAGACCAUUCAGGUCAGAUGCAAGUUGCAUUCGCCGAGGCUCCAAAUGAGGCCCUUCCUGUGGAUUGCAGACCUAAUUUUGGUGUUGCGUGGUUGACCAAGGACAAAUUCAAGGUGAAUGAAACUUAUGACUGCUGGUAUACAUUUGGCCUUUCAAAAGUAAAUAUUUACCAUAAUAGUUACUUCAACUGCCAGCCCAAAGAUCCAUCGACAGCAGAGAUGCUCAAACGGUAUCUUAUCCUGUCACCAAGGAUACUAAAGUCAUGGUUUGCGAGCAGGGGAAGAGACUGGUACUGGAAGUGGGAAAUGGUAGCCGGCCUUGUGACUGGAUUUUCAACUUCCUUGAUCUCCUUGAGCCUAAUCGCAGUUGUCCAGCAAGUGAAGUCCCGUUUGCUUCUAACCUAUCUAAAGCAGGCUUGUUUAGUUGUGGCGUACUUCUCAUUUGUGGGUUGGUUGGCCUUCCAAUACGUGAAAAAGCUCGGCCUCCCAAAGAUUUUUAUGCAAAACUGAUAAAAGGUAGAGCAUUUGUGGUCUUUGCUCCUGGGAACUGGAUUCAGCAACUCCUGGAACCAAAAGAAAAUACAGCAUUGUCCUGCAAUAGGAUAGGAUGUCUCUGGGUAGAUGGCCUGUUGUGCUUAUACUCUAUACCAAGCAUGGGUUCUGGCAAUCAAGUGGGGAAACAGCAUGUACAGGCGGCUUAUGAAAUAAAAUCUUUGCAAUUUAGUGAAUGCCAGUCCAAUAGUUAAAGAGCUUUGUAAUCUUAUGGAGGCUAGCUUGACAAGAACUGCACCUUUGUUGUUGUACCUUUGAGAACCGAAUAACGAGGAAAUAUCACAUUUUGGCUUAAUAUUAUAUGAAUCCAUUGUUGACUUUCA